AUGUCGACGUCCAUGGCCACCACCACGCCCACGACGAUAAGGGCCACGGCGCCAGUGAAGCCCCGCGCCGCGGCUAUGCGCAGCUACCUCCUCCUCCUCCCCUCCACCGGCCGCCGCAGCGUCGCGGCGUGGUCUGCGAAGAAGAAGAACCCGUGGCUGGACCCGUUCGAUGACGGGCCCGACGAGGAGUUCGACUACCAGGGCAUGUUCUCCGGCGGGAAGCAGGAGGAGGACCCGCGCCCGCCCGAGAACCCUGCGAACCCGUACGGGUUCCUGCGGUUCCCGCAGGGCUACAACCCGGAGCUGGACAGCCUGGCCUCCAAGGUCCGCGGCGACGUGCGGCGCGCGUGCUGCGUCGUGUCGGGCGGCGUGUACGAGAGCGUGCUCUUCUUCCCCGUCGUGCAGAUGGUCAAGGACCGGUACCCCGGCGUGCUGGUCGACGUGGUGGAGUCGGCCAGGGGCAAGCAGGUGUACGAGAUGCGCAAGAACGUCAGGUACGCCAACGUCUACGACCCCGACGACGACUGGCCGGAGCCCACCGAGUACACGCACAUGCUCGCAAGGGCCGGUGGUGAUGUAGGAGACGCGACAUCAAGGCAUCAAGCUCGUCAGAGCCUGGGAGAUGAGAUUUCCUUAAAUUACUCGUAUUGCAUUGUUGCAUUUUUUUUACUUGUGUAUAUUUAA